AUGAUGAAAAAAAAAAAACGUACAAUAAAAUUGAAAAAGAUACAACUCAGUUGAAUUUUAUAAAUUAAGUUUUUUAAAUUUCCUAUGAAUCAUCAUGUGAUUAUCAUAGAUUCUGUUUCUUUUUAAAAAUUUUUUUUUCCUUGAGUGACUAAAUAAUACUUGAUAAAUUGAAUUUUCAAAUAAGUUUUUUCUUUUAUUUUCUUUUUCUAGUUAAUGUUGCUAUUGUAUUACCUAUCGUCGAUUACAUUAAAUAAUAAUAAUAAUAAUAACUAAAUCAACUGUUUAUAACAACGUCGACAUUUUCGUCGGCAUAUGAUGACGCGAACAAGUGAUAUGGUACAACUUGGGUGCAACAUAAGCUCAGGGCGCGUGCGUUAAAAAACACUUGUGUAUUAGAGAAAAUUUAAGAGUGCCUAGAAAUAUAUAUAGAAAAAUUAUUUGUGUAUUAGUAUCGCGACGGCGCAGCUUGAAUCAUACAAUUUUAUUUUUAUUAUUUAUAUAUAUAUAUAUACAUUGUUUUUUUUUUUUUAAAGUUUUAUUAUUAUUAUUUUUCCCUUUAUUUCGUCGACACCGUUGGAGAGUCCCACGAAACCUACGGAGUCUCGUCAGAAUAUCAGUAGAAAACAGUAGCGGGGGGCAUAACACGGCCAGGAACACAGAAUAGAUCAGACCGAGUGUAUAAGCAAAGUUGUGCGCACCGGUCUACGUGGAGAUAAACACAGGCCGGUACGGCCGCAAGCACAUACAACACAGUGUUCAAUAAAAUGAUAAUAUUUAAUUUUUUUUAUAAUUAAUUAAAUACCUUGAUACACAUUUUAAAAGUAAUUUAACAUUUUUUUAAAAUUAAAAAAUUCAAUACGGUUAAAUAAAACAAAAGUUGCAUCAGUGCUUUUGAUAAAUACUCCAAAAUUUAUAUUUUUUAAUUAUUUUUUCCUUUUUAUUUUUAUUUUUUAAUAAAAAAAAAUCAAAUCAUAUAUUUAUUUAUGACAUCGUUAGUGUGCUAAAUAAUAUAAUUUAAUCAUGGAACGUUUGAAACAAUUAAUAUAAUUUUAAUGUGAAAAAAAAAUAAAAAUAAAUGUUUAUUAAUCAGUGCCAAUUUGGUAAUUUAUUUGUAAUAAAUAAUAUAUAUUUUGAAACAAGUGGAGAGUAAUAUUCAAAUCAUAGGAAAAUAAAAAAGUGUCAUAAGAAAUAAAUACUAUUUUUUUUUCUAAGGAGUCGUCUCGAGGUUAAGGCGGACGGAAGUUGCUAGGUUGCUGGGUUAAUAAAUUUUAUCGUAUCUACACGUAUUGUAUAUAUGAAAAAAUACCACCUCGUGUUUAUUACAUAAAUGUGCAACAUGUAUAUAUGCAUUAAUUGAAUUACGUGUGACGUGUUUUUUUUUUCUUACGUUUAUAUUUUCUAUACACAGUAAUAAUUAUUUUAUUAAUUCUUAAAAGCUUUUUGAUAAACUUGUGUAUUUUCGAAAAAGUAUACAAUUUUAUUACUAAAAGAAAAAACAUAUUUGAAAAAAUUUGACAAAAAAUAAAAAAUAAUAAUUGAGUGUAUUGUUUUGGAGUAAAAAAUAAAAAAAAAGUCAAAAAUGGAUUAUUUUGGCCGAAGUGCACCGAGACCGGUGUGACUUUGAUAAAGUUAAAUUAACAACAUUAAUUAUUUUUUAAAUGAAUUGCAAAAUAAAAGAUAAAUAAUAAAAAAAAAUACUUAUUGUGAAAAUAAAAAAAUAAAAAGCGAUAACAGAAGAAGCCAAGAAAGGAAUCAAGGAAAGUCGAGUCUUCCGUGUUUUUGUGGCUUGACGAGCGUUGCGAUCAAUAGGAAGCUCGCGUGCUCGACCCAAGAACGUUGACGACGUUCCUGAAACACCGUAGUUACGCCAGAAGGGCAUAUUAAAAUUCUUCAAUUUGAGACAUAAUAGAAAAUUUAAAAAAAAUAAACAAUGAUAAAAAUGGUUUAAUAAUUAACUAUAAAAGUAAAAAAAAAAAGUUGAUUAAUUCAUUUGAUAUAAAAUCAAAAAACAAAGACCCAUAUUAAGUACCAAAGAAAAAAUUUGUUGACAAAAGAAAGAAGAGGAAAAAAAAAAUAGCAAUGCAGGACGAUCUUUUAAUAGAAAAAUCAAAUACAACAAAACCAGCACCAUUGUCACCAGGUGGCAUGGAUACGACAAUAACAUCAUCAGUGAGUCAGGAGAAAAGUAAAGAAAAUGAUUCUAUAAUUGAUAGUAUAUCAUCAAUAUCACCAUCAACACCAUCAUCAAUGGACAAAGACAUAACAACAUGUAGUACAGCAACAUCAAGUCUUCAAGGCUUUACAGAUUCUGUACGUGUACAAAAUUUAUGGUCAUCAUCAACUGAAGAUACAUUACAUGCAUUGCCAGUUAAUGGUACAAUUGCAUCAUUUCAAAAUUUUCCAACUGGCGGUGGAGGAGCUGGUUUAUUUACAAGCUCAAAUCCACGUAGAGCAAUAACAGCAAAUCAUAAUUUUCAACAUGGUACAACUGGUGGUAGUAGUGGUGUUGUUGGAAGUGGUGUAAGUGUUGGUAAUAGUUCUAGUGCUGGUGGUAAUUCAUGUUCAAGUGGUGCUGGUGUUGGUGGUGUUAAUAGUGGUGUUGUUGGUGGUGGUGGUGGAAGUAGUAGUGGUAGUGGUAAUGGUGGUACUGGUACUGGGGGAGGUGGUGGUGGUAGUGGUGCUAAUAGACAUGGACAACAACCCCAAGUUAAUCAACAAGGACAGCAACAACAACAACAGCAACAACAACAACAACAACAACCUGGCUCACAUCCUGGUGUUUAUCUUCAAGGUAAAAGUUAUGCUGCAUGGUCUGGUGGACCACAAGGACCACAACAAUGGGCUGGUACACCACAAGCAACAAAUAGUCCAUCAUUAUCACCAUGGAGUCGUGGUAGAUCUGUACCAAAUUUACCACCUUUGCAUUCAUCACUUCAUGCGGCUGCUGCUGCUGCUGCUGUUGCCGCUGCUGCUGCAAAUUUGCAAGUACGUAAAACAAGUCCAACAUUUCCAGGACAUCAUAAUACAAAUCAAGCACAUACAUCAAAUAUUAGUCCUGCUAAAUUUCGUCGUAGUACAUCAUAUCCCGGAAAAAAUAAUCCUUAUUCACCACAAACAGCACCAACAUUUGAAGUUACUUCUGCUGAAGAAAGGGAUUUACUUCAGAUGUCAUCUUAUCAGCAGGAACGCAUGGUUGGAAAUGGAAAUUCUCCACUGGAAAAUAUGCGAACUCUCGAACAUUAUUUGAGUGAUAUAAUGCGGGCAGGUGCUACUGAAACCCCAGAACAUAUGAAGGGAUUCAUCAGCUGCAAUGCCAGUACACUCCAGUCCCUGGCACAAUUACAUGGUAAAUCACCAUUUUUUUCUGGCAUGGAUGAUCAGAGUGGAACACUGCUUGAAGAUCCAAAUUUACCUGGUCAAAUGGAUGGUAUUAAUAUCGGUGUUGGUGGUAUGAACGCACCACAAAAUCCAUCAUUAUCAUCACCCAGUCGCAGCAGUCCACACAGUCAAGGCAGUGAAACAGGCGAAAGAUUCUCAAGGAAGGUCUUUGUCGGUGGUCUUCCACCUGAUAUUGAUGAAGAUGAAAUUACAGCUAGUUUCCGGCGUUUUGGACAGCUGGUAGUUGACUGGCCACACAAAGCUGAGAGUAAAUCAUAUUUUCCACCAAAAGGAUAUGCUUUCCUCUUAUUUCAGGACGAAAGCUCAGUACAACAACUUAUUGACGCAUGUAUUCAAGAUGAUGACAAAUUAUAUCUUUGUGUUAGUUCACCAACAAUUAAAGAUAAACCAGUACAAAUACGUCCAUGGCGUUUAAGUGAUGCUGAUUUUGUACUUGAUGCAUCAAUGACACUUGAUCCACGUAAAACAGUAUUUGUUGGUGGUGUACCAAGGCCAUUAAAAGCCGUUGAACUUGCAAUGAUUAUGGAUAGACUUUAUGGUGGUGUUUGCUAUGCUGGUAUUGAUACUGAUCCAGAAUUAAAAUAUCCAAAAGGUGCUGGUAGAGUUGCAUUUAGUAAUCAACAGAGUUAUAUAAGUGCAAUAUCAGCACGAUUUGUACAAUUACAACAUGGUGACAUUGACAAAAGAGUCGAGGUUAAGCCAUACGUUCUCGAUGAUCAAAUGUGUGACGAGUGUCAAGGACAACGCUGUGGUGGUAAAUUUGCACCAUUUUUUUGCGCCAAUGUCACUUGUCUUCAGUACUAUUGUGAACACUGCUGGGCUACAAUUCAUUCAAGACCUGGUAGAGAAUUUCACAAACCACUUGUAAAGGAAGGAGCAGAUCGGCCACGAGCUGUACCUUUUCGUUGGUGUUAACCCCACAAGACGUCGUAUCUAAUUAUUACUCGCGGCCCUUAGCUAAUUAACUACCCAACCUCUUAUAUAUCUAUUUCCAUUAUUCCUGCUUUUUUUUGUUCCUUGUUCCAAUUAUCUUCUGCCUCAUUCUUUUUCAAUUCAGCACUACAAUGUCUCAAAUAUUAUCUACUGUUUGUUAAGUGCUACUCUACCAUACACAUUUGACUACUCUUAAAUGUUUUAUCAACCGAACGGAAAAAGAAGAUAAAAAUACAACAAACAUGUUUGUUAUGAAGACACAAGGUGGAAUAGGAUGAGAAAAAAGCAGCUAUCAACAUCGCAUUGGAUUUAUCUUAAUUCAAAAAAAGAAAAUAAUGGAAAAGUUUGUUUCUUCUUCACCUGCAACUACACCUGUACUUGCUAACUACAAUUAACAUCGUUUUUGACCUGACAGCAGAGCAAAUAGACCACAGUAAGAUUAUCUGAAAAUACAUUAACAAGAAAAAGAAAAUAUUAUUUAAAAUAUUGACUGCGCUACAAACUAAUCAGUGCGAUGAUUUAUUAUUUUUUUUUUCGACUUUUUGUUCUCAUUUUAAAGAGGACAAAUUACUUUCGGCAAAUAGCACGCACUACUAUUAUAUUAUAGUAAUAAUUUUUUUUUUCUUCAUCGUCAGUGAGAAUCGAUAAAGAAAUAAUAUAUUAGUGUUUUAAAUACGAGAAUAUUACAUAAAGCGAUAUUUUAUGCGUUCUUGAAUGUUAAUCAAUUUUUUUUCUUUGUUUCAAUGACGCUCUAUCGCUGUAUGUAUAAAAAAAAUUCUCUGUAUUGCAAGUCUAUAUUAGAUUAUAAGGGGGUUCUAGUUAAGCUCAAAUGAAUUUUAUGUGAAUUUUGUUUUUUAGUUCAAAUGAGCCUAGUGUGAUUGUUUUUGUGUGUAUGUUUGUUAUGUGAAUAAAUGUAUUUUGUGAGUUUCGUGUUUUAAAAACAGAAAUGAAAUGACAAAAAAAAAAAAAAAAAACAAAGAAAAACAAAAAAACAAAUGAAAAAUUGUGCAAUUGCGUUCAAAGAUAUUUGAUUGAAUGGGUCGAAGCAAUGUUAAUUAUUUUAUUUUUUCGUUAUUAUUAUUUUUUAUUUUAUAAUAUAUAUGUGAAAUUUGAAGACUGACACUCGAGGUUUAGAGAGUUAUAUCCGCAAUCCUUCGUAAAUUUCUAUUCAAUUUUUUUUAUUAAAAAAAAAAUCAAUUGUUAAAUUUAGAAAAAAAAAAAAUUAAACGCAAAAAUUAUUUUCUUUUUUGUUUUAUGAACGUUUAAAUUCUUCCAAUAUUUUUAUCAAUUAUUUAUUUUUAUUUUCACGAUUUUUUUUUUCACUAAUUAUGAAUCGCUCAUAAAAUAUUUUUUUUUUCAAAUUUGUAAAUAACUAGUUAAAGGCAAAUCUUUUUUCUUUCCCUUGCAUCAAUCUCUUUAUGUACCUUAAAGAAAAAAAGAAACAAAAAAAAAAUGCAGUAACAGCAAAAAAGAACACACUCAUUUUUAAAAAAAUAUUAUUUUAAGAAAAACACACUGUUUCUUUUUGAUGUAUAUAAUCAAAUGAUGCAAUUGCGUAGUUCAAAUUGUAAAAAAAAAAAAAAGAAUAAAAAAAAAAAAAAUUAGUAAGGAAAAUUUAAAAAAAAAAUGACUAGUAGUAAAUGCCAUCGAGUUUUGAAAAAAGUCGACAAGUAUGCACGGAUAGGUACACGAAUUUAAACAAAAAGAAUUUUCAAGUUAAACAAUAUUUACGAUUUCAUUUUUUUUUUCUAUUAUUUCUAAUCCGAUUAAAAUCUUUUAAUUCAUAAUCAUAAAAUUAAAAAUCACAACUAGAAAACAAUAAAUUAGUGUUAAUGUGGAAAUAAAAAAUUGUAAACUCGUUACCACUCACUAACUUAUAUAUAAACGUGAAUAUAUAUAUUAAUUUAUUUUUUUGGUCUCCUUUUUGUAAAUAAUACUAUUUGCCAUUAUUAAAUAAUAAAAUUGGCAAAAUUACCUAGAAAAAAUCAAAGAGAAAGACAAAAAUAUUUUGCGCUAAUUUUUCAGUCGCGAAAAUAAAAAACAAUUAAAUUAUUUUGUCAAAAAAUAAAAAAGAAAAUAAAUCUCUUGUAGUUAAAUUAACAAUUUGUUUUGUGAUAACUGCUUGUUUAUUUGAUUAAAAAAAAAUAAUUACAAAGUCAUUCAAAUUACUAGUACAACGGGUAAUUAUUGAAAAGAAAAAAAAAUCUAUUAGUAAUAAUUCGAAUUGUUAAAUUUUAUUUUAAAAUUUGAAAAAGAAAAAAAAAAAAACAUUAUUACAACAAUCUUUAAACAAAUUGAAAAUACAUUUCCUUCGUGUUUCAAUCUAAAUGUUGCAAUGUCUAAAAAUCGAAAAUUAAUAUAAAAAAACAGAUAAUAAAAUUGUGUAAAAAUUAAAUGAACAUUCUUUUUUUUUUUUUUUAAUAAUUAAAUUGGAGUAAUAAUUCAAAUUAGUGCAAUUUCAACGCAAAAAUAUUUGUCUCAUUUGAGACAUAAAUUUUCUUAGCUUAAUAAUUCAAAGAAUAUAAAAAUGAAAAAAAUCUAAAGAUUGUAGAAAUUUACAAGAAAUUAAAGAAAAAAUCUUUUCAUGGAUAAAAAUUUAUAAAUAAAAUUUGUAUAUGUAAUAUAUAAUAAAUGAAAAAACAGAAAAAUUGAAACAAAAAAAAAAAAAAAACUAUAAUUUAAAAUAUUAAGGUGUGAAUCUUUCGUCCUUGCGUACAGAGGUUUUGGGUAGAUCGUAGAAAUGAUUGUUUUUCUUUUAUAUUCAUAUUAAAAAUCGACGAGUAGGAUAAAAACAAAAAUAUUUCAUUGGCUUAACAAUCGCGUAAAACGCAACUACUUAAAACAAAUAAUUGUUUAAAAAAAAAAAUAAAAAAAAUAGUUAUGAAAAUAAUGGAAUGGUUAUCAAAUGAAUUUUAACUAAAACCAAAAUUGAUUCUGAUCGACAUAAAAUCUUUCAUUAAAAGCAAAUGUAAUUCAAAGUGUAAAACAGCUAUAUUUUUUCGUGAUAAUUAUUAAAAUAAAUAAAUAAAUCAGGUUGAUGAUUUUAUAUCAAAAAAUUUAAAAAAUUGUAUAAUAAUUUGUUUAAAUUAAAUUUGAAUUUGUUAUUUAUUCAUUUUUUUUUAUUUUCAAUAAUAGUCAAUAAUUUAAAAUUAUAAUUUUUUAAGUUGAUAAAACAAAAAAAAAAUAGUCUAAACACUUGAACGUUAGAUUAGAAAUUAGAAAAAAUAAAAACUGACAAAUAUGCAUCACAGCAAAAUAAAAAUAAUAAUGAAUAAUUCAGAAAUGAUCAGCUAUUAUCAUAUGGCACUUGAGAGAUAUAUAAAAUGAUGCUCGAUAAAAACUAGAGCAAUUAGUGAAAGAAAAAAAUAUGUCGAAUACUUGACAAUACAAUCUUGUUAAUAAUGAACACAUUCAUUGCAUUAAAAAAUAAUUCACAUUUGACCUAGUAAUUCGCUCCACGAUUUCAAUAACUUUCGAUUGAGUUGAAGAAAAAAAAAAAAAACAACCAACCAACCAAGCUGAGUAAACCAACUCCUGAUAAAUACAAGAAAAUAAAAAAAAAAAAAAAAGUCCAGAAUCAAUUUAAACAAUUAAAAUAAAAAUAAUAAUAUUGAUAAAAGCAAAACUAAUGUUAGGUGUGAUUCCUCACCUCCUUUGUAAUAUGUGUGAUAAAAAUAAUAUAUAAAGUAAUAAUAUAUUAUUCAUAUUGAUAAUUUAAACAUUUAAUAAUAUUAAUGCAAAUUUACAAAACAAAAAAUUAGUCGACAAAACAAACAGAAAAUGAUAAUUUCGUACUAAUUGCAGGAUUUAAAGAAAAAAAAAAAACAAUAAUAUCCAAAACUAGUAUGAAAAAUGAUUUAUUGUUAUUUCUUCAAUAUUAUUAUUAUAACUAUUCAUUUCGUAUGUUUUUUUUUUUAAAUUUAUAAUAAACGCAUUGCAUCAAUGAAGUUAGCUAAAUAACUCGAUACAAAAAAAUUUAAUAGCAAAUUGGUCUGAAUGGAUAAAAAAAAAUUUUAAAAAAUUAAAAAAAAAAAAAAUUAGCUAAUAAUAAUUGCAAAGCGUAAAAAAUUGUAGUCAUUUAUAAUAGAUUUGUAUUUUUCAGUGUUGAAAAAAGUUUUUUAUACAGCUGUUAUAUUCUUGUCUAAAUAUCUUAGUUGAAAAUGUGUGUGCGAUUGUAUGUGAUUAUCAAAUUUCUACAGGCAAAAAUGCGGAAAAUAAGUUAAAAAAAAAUAUUAAUACUUUGAAUAAUAAUUAAAAAUAAAUCUAAGUUUUAAUAAUAUUCAAGCAUCGUCGAUAUACGUGUGAAUUUUAACAACAAUCAAUUUAGAUUUGAUUGCAUAGUAAUGAUACAUAUACAUACAUAUUUUUUUUUCUUUUUCAUUUUUUUAAAAAUUGUUUUAUAUUCUUAGUAAAUUAGUAAGAAAAAAAAAUUAGAUAAAAUAAUAAUAAUAAUAAUAAUAGUAAGGGUGAAAGAGUCAUCUCUGAGAUCGUCCAUUUAAAAAAAAAAAAAAAAUUGUUUUUUUGAGUUGACGUAUUAUUAAAUAGAUAAAUAAUAUUCUUCUUAAAUAAAUUGACGAAUACUAUGAGCAAGACUCUACACUUCAUACUCAGAUAUAAAUUAUAAAAUUUUUAUUAAAUAACACUGGGAAAAUGAAGUAAUUAUCAAAAAUAAUACACAUAUACAUACACAAAUUAUUAUAAAAUAAUUAAACAGACAUAUAUAUAUACACACAAACACAUACUCGCUGCUCACCUUCCAAUGAAAAUUUUUUUUGUUUUUAAUUUUUUAAUUUUUACAUAUUUCCCAAUACUUUUUUCGAUUAAUUUUUAAUUUUUUUUUGCAAAUGAAUUUUUAUUUUUUUAUAUAGUUAUUAUUCAAUAAUAUUAAAAAUAAUCGUUAUAUGUUUUCUAGAUAACAAAAAUAAAAAUAUAAAAAAAAAAAAAAAAUGGGGUUUAAUAAAAAGUAAAUUUUUUUAAAUAAAAUCCAUAGUAAUUAAAUGAUUUUAAUAAAAAACCGGAUAUUGUUUUUUUUUUUUUUUUUUUUUGUUAUAGACAUAUACAUAAAUAUAUAUAAAUAUAUUUUUUUUUAUAAAAAAAGAAAAAAAAGGGGAAAAUAAAGUUAUGCCUAUAGUUGACAGUUCAUUUUUAUAGUUGACAAUUCAUUUUUUCCGAGAAAAAAAAAAAAAGUUAUCAACAAUUAUACAGUUUUAAGAAAAAGUCAAUUUCUAUUAUUUUUUAUUUUUAUCGGUUUUAUUAAUUAAUAAAUAACCGACGAAACGAAUAAUAGACUACAAUUACUCUUAUAUUUUUUAAUUUUAUUUUUAUUGAUAUUGUUAAUAUUAUUAGUGUAGAGAUCUCCUCAUACCAAAGAUACACAAACACAUACCACCACCAACACUUGCACUGAGCGAGAAAAAUAAAAAAAUUAAUUUUUUUUAAUUAAAUUUUAUUUAAAAAAUGAAAAAAAAAAAAAAACAUCGAAAAAUAUGUAUUACGAUUAUUUUUCUUUUUCGUUUGUUCUUUUUUUUUUUUUUUAUUUAAACGACUCAAAUGUACAAUUAAUUUUUUAUCACAAAAAAGAUAAAGAAAAAAAAAGAAAAAAAAAUAUUACGCAUAAAGUGUAAAAUGUCAUUUUUAAAAUGUAAUUGAAUUUAAUUAAAAAUUCAAAUAAAAUCAAUUUAAAAAAAAAAAAAAAAAAAAUGAUAUAAUAUAGAGGGGAAAUUUACUAAAUAAUCAGAAACAGAGUUGACUUAAUAUGAUGAAAAUAUAAAAUAGAAAAAAAAAAAAUAUAAUUAAAUAAAUGAAUUUAUUAUGUAUUGUCAUAAAUCAAUUUUAGAAAAUAAAUAUAGAAUUUAAAAAUAGAAAAGUAAACGAUGCCGCUGGGAACAGUGCAAUGAUUAAAAUGGACUAGACCUCGAUAUAAUCUUUAACGAGUUUUAUAAAAACAAAAUAAAAAACAAAAAACAAAAAGCAAAUAGAUUUUUUUUUUUUAAAAUAAAUUAAUAAAUAAAUCAUUUGUAAGAUUUGUUUUAUUUUUUUUUUCAUUAGUUUACUUUUGUAAAUGCUUUACUAGUCAAUCUAGUUUUUUUUUUUUUUUUGUUUUUUUAUUACUCAUUGAAGAAUUUCUUGUCAAGGUCGUUACCAAUCGCAAGUAAGUUAUUUUUAAAUGAUAGAAAAAAAUUCACUUUCAAGUAUUGUUUUUGGUAUGUAUGAUGUACACGGAUAUGAAAAAAAAAAAAAAAACAAUUCAUAAAUGAUAUUAAUGUUUUCAAUGUGAAAUGUUCUUUUUUUAAAAAAAGAUAAUUAGUAAAAAUUUCACGAAAGAAAAAAAAAAAGGCUCAGACAGCGCUGAUAAAUUGUUAACUAUUUUUUGUUUCUUAUAGGAAAAUUUUGUACAAACGAGUGUGUAAAUUUAAUUUUUAAUAGUACUUGAAGUGGCUGGGAAUGAGUGCAAGUUAAAAAAAAAUAUAAAGAAAUAAAAAGGGUCGAAUAUUUUGGAAAUGGAAAAUUUAAUAAAUUCAAAAUGUCAUAAAAAUAAUUUUCCAAAUUCAUAAUAAUAAUUACCCAAUUUAUUUAUAUUUCUAGUGGUGUAAUGAUAUAGUGUUGUAUCGAAUGUGAAUAGAAGUUGAAAGUUAAAAAAAAAAAAAAAAAACACGUUAUUAUUGAAAGCGUGUUUAUUAUAUCUAGCCAAUUUUCUCUUAUCACUUUUUUUGUACCGUUCUUUUUUCUAAAUAACCAUUGAAUGUUUAAUGAAUGAAAAUAAUAAAAAAAAAAUUUUUGAAUUAAAAAAAAAAAACUAAUAAAUAAAUAAAUGAAAAAUUAAUUAAAUAUAAUAUGUAACCUACAUAAACGAAAAAAUACGCUUAGAAAAUUUUUGUACACACAAAUACACAACACUACACGAGUAAAAAAAAAAUCUAGGCAAUUAUUUUUAUUUCAAAUUUUUUGUUUUUCAAAUUUUUAAACUUUAUCUUAUCAAGAAAAUUCAUAAAUUUUUUAAAAAUCAUUUUAUUGUUGCAAUUUUUUUGCAGUAUAAUAAAAUUGACAAUUUUUCUAAAUAUUAAGGACUUGUUUCGUGUUCAUCGUGAAAUGAUUGUGCGGCUGCGAUAAAAAAUAAAUAAAUAAAUUUAAAAAACAAUUACGGAUAGUAUAAAAAUUGGAUAAAUAAAAAAAAAAAAUGUGUAAAAACACAUAUUUGUUAAUGUAAAGUGGCAAAUAAGAUAAAAAAAUUAACGUCACAAUUUCGGGGGGAAAUGAUAUUGCUAUUAGGAAAAAAAAAAAAAAAAUUAAAUAAAUUUAAAAAAAAGACGUGUUCGUAUACAUAUGAAAAGGGCGCGGAAUCGCCAUAAUAAGAGCAUUAAAAAAAAUUAAGUACAAGUGACUGAACGGAGGUGAAUUUUUUUUACUCUUUUCUAAGAAAAUUUAAAUUUAAAACAACCAAAUAUGGAGUAUAACUAAAUGUUUUUUUUUUUUUAAAUUGAUAAAAAAAUUGUUGAUAAUUAGAAAAACAAAAAAAAAAAAAAAACUGUCAGUCGUACAUAUAAAAAAAAAAAAAAAAAUGAUAAAUUGUUUGUAGUAAAUUUUUUUUCUCUUUUUGAUAUAUCAAAAAUUCGUUGUAAAAAUGCACAGAAAAAUUAAAAAAAAAAAAAAGAAAAAUAUAAAAAUUAAAAAAAAAAAAAAAAUAUUAGAUAUAUUUUAAAAAAUUGUACAAUGCAAGUGUGAAUUUUUUUGGCAUUUUUUAUUGUAUUUGUGGAUUUUUUCUAUAUUGUCCGACUUUUAAUGCGGCUUUUCAAUUUUAAUAAGAUUUAUAAAUUAAUUAUCUACUUGAUAAAAAAACAAAAAAAAAAUGAUUAAUAAUAUUAAAAAUAUAAAAAAAAAAGCCAUAAAUAAAUUUUUAAAAAUCAAUCGGUACUGCGUUGAUUUUUUACGCGCAUUGAAUCGAUCUUAGGUGAAUGAAUAAUUAAAAAUUAGGUGAUAUAAUUAACUGAAUUGACAGUAUUACCACUGAAAAUCAGGUGUUUGUUAUUUUAUUUUGUUCUCAUUUUUAUACACAAUAAAUUACUCUGUUAUUAAAUAUAAGUAUUUAUGCACGCAUCAUAUGCGAUUGCGUAGAACUAAAAGUUCAUGUGAAAAAUGUAUACAUAAACAUAUAUGUACAUUAUUAUUAUUUUCUUCAAAAUUUAUAAUCAAUUGGACAAAUUUUUCCCGAAUAAAAAAAUUUAUCAUUGAUUUAACAAUUUUUAUGAAUAAUGAUAUUGCGCAAUCACACAUUAAAACACGACUCAAUGUACCUCAGUUACAAAUACACUCAUUGAACAAACAUUUAAAAAUAAAUAAAUAAAUAAUUCAUAAAACACAAGACAAACUUUGAUAAUUCAUAUGAAUAUUAAUUAAAAAACAAAAAAUUCCUGUAGUAAUAAUAUAUGGUGUAAUUAAUCCAAGCGAUUUUCAACGUUUUUCGAUUUUCCAAAUAUUUGCUUGAUUUUUCUUAUUUUUCCCUGCAGUUCAAUGAAUAAUUAAACAAUAAUAGAAAUAUAUAAUGUUUAGCAAUAUUAACUUGCAGAGAUCAUUUUUUCUAUAAAAAAGUAGAUGAAAAAAAAUUCUCUUCGACAUUCAGAAAUCAGAAUAGUUAAAUUCUGCUUUUUGUACUACGCGUUUAAUAAAAUAUUUAAAAUAGUGCAAAAAAAAAAAAAAAAACAAAACUACAAAUAAAUAAAUUAAAAAUUAAAUAAAUGAUCAAUAAAGAAAUUUACAAGUAAAAUAUAUAUCGGUUGAGUUUUUAAGUUAAUCAUGUGUCCGUCAUAUGUAUCAUUUAAAUUUUUCAAUAAAAAUAAAAAAACAAAAUAUUCAUAUAUCAAUUUAAAAAUAUUAUUCAAAUUUAUUUAACAAAAUAUUUAAUGAUUUUAUUAAUUAUAGACAGAUUUAUCAAAGUGAAAUAAAAAAUAGAAAAAUACGUACAUUUACAUAAAGCAUAUAUCCUAACAGAGCCACCGCACCAGGCCAAUUUUGUUAUAUUAGUCAAUAAUUAAUAAUCUUUUAUUAAUUGAAAAAAAUAAAAUAAAUAAAUUAGUCAUAUAAAAUAUAAACAUAGAAUUUAUUUUUUUGGUCGCAAGAGUACUGUUGAAAAAAGAUUGUGGUAAAAAAAAAAAAAAAAAGAAAAAAAAAUUAAAUA